UUAUAUAAUUAUAUAUCUAUUAAUUCUAAUCUCUAAAGCUUUUGAGUCCAAUUCCAUUAUUUCUUUGUUUUUUAUUAGAGAAGCUGUAGGUUUGCAGAAAAAUCAAGCAGAAUAUAGUACAGAGUUCCCCUAAACCCCUACUAUUAUUAACACCUUAUAUUUGUGUGGUUCUUUAUUACAAUUGAUGAAAGUGUCAUUUCUUGUUUCUGCUAAAUCUCACACGUGUCUCUGUGUGUUUGUUAUGUGUGUGUUGUGUGUGUGUGUGUGUGUGUGUGUGUGUGUUAAUGAGCUCAUAUUUGUUAGAACUCUAUCUGAACGAAUUGUUUGAGGUCUGGGUUGAGGGGAACUUCCUCAAGGGAGAAUUUAUGUUAGCUUUCUCCAGGUGCCUGGAAUUAUUUUUUUCAUUUAAAAAAAAAAAAACCUUUAUUUUUGAUGAGUUCAUUUCCAUAUUAUUUAAAAGGGUUUUGUUCUGUUUCUCAGAAUGACUUUUUAUGUAUAAGAAGAGCAGUAAGGUGAUAACAUAUCUAAUGAAGAAAAACUGCAUUUUUGAAAGAGAUGUUCAGUGAAAAUAAAGGCUUAUUUUCUUAUCUGCUCUGAGAUUUAUAGCAAAUUGAGGACAACACUCUCUGAAGGCUGAAAGAGCACUCUGUUGAUCCUUGAGGGUUCCUUGUCAGAGUUCUGUGCUAAUGAGGAUAUGGACUUCUGUUCAUUUAAUUCCACCGAUCACCUUAUCUAACUGCCAGGAGACUGGAUUCUGACUUCUAACCAUUGAUAUCACUGUGAAAACUCAUCUACCUCAAUCCUUUAAAAGCACUGAUGAAUUAAUCAGAACUUUAAAAACAAAGAAAAAUUGAAACAAUCUUAGUAAAAGAUGAACAACUAAAAGAACUACAAUGAGGCAAGACUUCGAUUUCUGCUUAUUUUCUGAGAACUAACAUAAUUGCCGUUUUAAAGAAAAGAAAAUGAACAGCACAUGUAUUGAGGAACAACAUGACCUAGAUCACUUUCUGUUUCCAAUUGUUUACAUUGUUGUGGUUAUAGUUGGCAUUCCAGCCAACAUUGGAUCUCUGUGUGUGUCCUUUCUACAAGCAAAGAAGGAAAAUGAACUGGGAAUAUACCUAUUCAGUUUAUCACUGUCAGAUCUCUUGUAUGCAUUAACUCUUCCUCUCUGGAUUGAUUAUACUUGGAAUAAAGACAACUGGACUUUACCCGCGUUUUUGUGCAAAGGGAGUGCUUUCUUGAUGUACAUGAACUUUUACAGCAGCACAGCAUUCCUAACCUGCAUUGCUGUUGAUCGGUAUUUAGCAGUUGUCCACCCUUUGAGGUUUUCUUUUCUGAGGACAAGAAGAUUUGCUUCCAUGGUCAGCCUAUCCAUCUGGGUGUUGGAAACCAUCUUCAAUGCAAUCAUUUUGUGGAAAGAUGAAACAGCUGUCGAAUAUUGUGAUGCCGAAAAGUCCAAUUUUACUCUAUGCUAUGACAAAUAUCCUUUGGAGAAAUGGCAAAUCAGUCUCAACUGGUUUAGGACGUGUACGGGCUAUGCAAUACCUUUGGUCAUCAUAAUGAUUUGCAAUCAGAAAGUCUACCAAGCCGUGCGGCAUAAUCAAGCCACGGAAAACAGGGAAAAGAAGAGAAUCAUAAAGCUAUUACUUAGUAUCACAUUGACUUUUGUCUUGUGCUUUACUCCCUUCCAUGUGAUGUUGCUGAUACGCAGCAUUUUAGAGCGCGAUGUGAACUUUGAUGGGCAUAUAUUUGACCACAAUAAGUCUGGGAAGCAGACUUAUAAAAUGUAUAGAAUCACAGUUGCAUUAACAAGUUUAAAUUGUGUCGCUGAUCCAAUUCUGUACUGUUUUGUAACUGAAACAGGGAGAUCUGAUAUGUGGAACAUAUUAAAAUUCUUAACUGGGAAGUUUAAUAAAUCGCAAAGGCAAAGCAAAAGUGUACUUUCUAUGUCUACAAAAGAUACUAUGGAAUUAGAGGUCCUGGAAUAAACAGAUUUUUUUUAUCUUGGAUUAAGGCACACAGUAUCAUAUCACGAUUUUGAAAAGAAAAUCUAGUAUGAUAGGGAACUAUGAGUUCCAAUUAAGUAAAUACUUUAAUUCUCUCCAAUGGACAUAUUUUAUAAGUAUUUGAACAGCUCUCUAAUUUUUAUUAAAUGAUAUGUAUUAAAGAAAAUUUUA